AUGUACGAUCGGGUGUACUCGAUUCACGACAAGCACUUGGGUGUCGCCAAGACCAUCGAGGCCUCUCAGCGCACAGGUCAGCUGCGGGCGCUCCUGCUGAGCAUUUGCCUCAACAACAGCGUCAUGCGAGCCAAGGAGGGCCUAUCCGGCAAGCCGCACUACUUUGGCACAUCAGCCGAUGAGGUUGCCAUCCUGGAGAAGCUCUACAGCUCGGUGGGCUACUUCAUCGUCUCGCGCAGCGUUACGGCCGAGGGUGAGGAGAUGGAAGUGCACACGGAGCCCAAUGACGACGUCGGCCGCACCUGGGAACUCCUCUACGUCUACAAGUACACCAGCGAGAGAGGCAUGAUGACGGUGAUGGUGAAGAACAAGGUCACAGGCGAAGUGUUCUUCCACAGUAAGGGCUCCCCCGAGAAGAUGUACGGCUACCUCCGUGAGGACGACCGAGCAGAGGCCGAGCGGCGGGUCACUGAGCUGGCCAAGGAUGGUCUACGUGUGCUGCUCUAUGCCGCUGUUAAGCUCGACUGGCCGCGCAUCGAGGAGCAGUUCACUGCUGCUUGGGCAACGCAGGAAGAGGACGGCGUCGCCAUUCAGAUCUUUAUGAGAGACCACCUAAAGGACUUGUACGCGCUCGGAGCGACAGGCACGGAAGAUCAGCUGCAGCCUCGCCUGCUCGAAACUAUUCAGAAGGUCCAGUCUGGCAACAUCAUCACCCUGGUGUGUACGGGCGACAUCAAGAUGACCGCAGAGAUCAUCGGCAGAAACUGCGGUAUCCUUCCGGUCGGCCCAGACGCCGAGGUGUUCGAUGUACACCAGCACCCCGAUUCUUCCCUCGAGAUGCAGCUGGACGCUGCUCUCAAGUGCAGGAAAUCUAAGGGUUUGCUGGUGGGCAAGCAAGAGCUGAUGGACAUCCUCGAAGACAAGACCCUGUCCAGAGUCUUCAUCAACCUCGUCAAAACCUGCAAGGGUGUUGUCACUUACAGGGCUCACCCGAAGCUCAAGGCCCAGCUGACUCACUUCCUGAUGAAGAACGGCCUCUUCACCUGCUCGGUUGGUGACGGCGCCAACGACAUUGACAUGAUCAAGCAGGCCAACGUGGGGAUCGGCAUCAAGGAUGGCGAGAACAGCCACGCGGCGGGAAGCAGCGACCUCGCCAUCAAACGCGUGGGCGAACUUCCGAAGCUCAUCUUCUACCACGGCAAGAAGAACUGGGAACGAAACACCAAGAUGACCCAUCUCAUCACCUGCAUGAAGAUGACGGUCGUUCUCAGUCUCCUGUUCUAUGACUUCUUCUACGCGGGCUUCUCGGCGAUGUCUCUCUUCACGGGGCGCAUGCUCCUGGCGUACAACUUCUUCUACGGCUGGGCGACGGCUGUCUACGGCAUCUUCCACCACUCCUAUCGGAGCGUGCCCGAAGCCCUUGACAAUCCUGCGAGGUGGCUCAACAAGCCGGGAUUCAAGCUGCAGGCUCUUUCCAUUUCUAGGAGCUUUCUGUGGUGGACGAAGGCCGCUCUCGACUCGCUCCUAUGCCUCACCAUCACAAUGUGGUGGUGGCGCCCCUCGCCUGGCGUGGAAGAUGGCGUUGUCGCACAAGUCCUGCCGCCCUACUUCAUCUUUGGCGAUAAGCUGGUGAUGGCCGAGUUCUGCUGCUUCGUCGUGAUCAUGAUCUGGGUCAACCUCAGGGUCUCGCUGGUAACAGAUCACCUGGCCGUUCACGCAGCCGUGGUGGCGACCCUGGUCACCUUCUUCGUCGCGGCCGUUCUUCCGGUUUGGCCGUACCUUGAGAGCGGAUUCGUGCCGUUCGUGUUGAUGAUGGUGGUCAUCUUCCUCGUCUACAACAAACUGCUGGACGUCGUGGUGCACACCAUGCGGCAUGUUAUGCGCCGAGUGCAAGAGGACCGCGAGGUACGGACGCGCGAGGAGGACAAGCGACGCAUCGAAGCCUUCGAGCGCGAGGUCGAGCGCAUUGCCAAGGACCGUAGCGAAAAGCGCGAGAGCGCUUCCAAGCUCCGUCGCCGCCGCGUCAAGUCGUCUGAUUCCAGGCACGCUCUCGACUCGCAGCACUCGGUGUCCUCCCCGAACCUGCCCACCUAUUCCUCCAUCGCACCAGUUCCCUCUUUGCUCCGGUCGCCGGCUCCCGCGAUCGCCGUCACCUCGCCCUCCUCUCCCAGGGCCUCUUCUUCAUCCAGCUAUUCCACUUCACCCUCUUCUUCUUCUUCGUCCUCAACAUCCAGCCGUCGCACCCCCAAGCCAUCGAUUCUGGGCGAGAGCACCGGGCGAAGCAUCCACGACCAGCUUCAGCAGCCGUCUAGAGAUUGGAAACGGAACAGCUCGUCCGCAGUCUACACCAAGCGGCAUCAGUCCUCCGAGGAGGAGGUGCCGAGCCCGCGCGGCCAUCACCAGCUGCACCACCACCAUGCGGGCCUCCUGGCCAGCGCCUCGUCGAGCAGGUCGGGCACUGCCGGCGGGUCGUCCUCAUCGGCGAGCACGAGCCCUAGCUCGGCGAGGUCUUCGCCCCGCGGCCACCGGGACGCAAACUAG